AUGGCGACUUCUAAACGAUCACGGCCUCGCCGAUCCCAUUUACUCGGAGGCUGCAGCACAUGCAGACGCCGGCAUGUGAAAUGCGACCAGAAACGGCCCGUCUGCCGAACAUGUCGGGCACUUGGCGUGCCGUGCGAGGGAUAUUCCGAUCAGGUCUUGUGGAUGCGCUCUGAUAGUAGCGAGAAGGUUGAGGGCACCCCACGUGGAACUCGACGACAUCUCUAUACAGAACAAUCGCGACUAUCUAUGAGCACGGCUCUAGGAUCUAACUUGAUAUCCGGAUCCAUUGAUGCGUCACUGGCAGAAGUUGACUCACGCUCACGAGAUCCUGGUCGAUCUGCGGAGGGCGAUAUUGUUAUUGGACCUUUUGCAGUUCUGGAUUUCUCGUCAGCACCAGACAAAUCACCGUUGGAGUUGACCCCCGGAGUUAAUCUCAUCGAGCCAGAUCUAAACUCGACGAUUGAGACUCCUGAUGCAGUGGUUCCCGAGGACGUGCAAAACCCCAGUGCCUCUUCAAUAGUUGACUCUUUAUCUCACAUCGACGACUUCCUCCACUGGUCCGACUUGUUGAGCUUCAGUCCAGAUUAUACAGGAAAUGAAUCAACUGGAGCGUUGAAUAUACCCAAUGAUUUAUCGUUUGAUAUGAGCCAGGAGAUGGGCUUGUUGCCUGUUGGCUCGAACCACAAUGACGACCUUCUACGAAUGCUCACGUCGCGGCAAACUCCAGCAGAGCUUGUCACCGCAGAUAUAGAUGCAUUAAGAGAUGCAACAUGUCUCCUCAGACACUUUCAGGAUAUUGUCAUUCCCCAUAUAAUGGCCAUUCCUUGUCGACAGAAAUCACCUUGGAAAAUUCUCAAUGUGCCGGCGGCUGUUGUUACCUACGGCGACUUGACGUUUCUUGGCACCGAGAGAAUAAGUCACGCUAGGUUGGCGAAUCUGUAUGGGUUGCUCGCCUGCUCAGCUAUUCAUCUUGUUCUGAGCUCGUCAGCAACACCGACCAAGCCGCCUGAGUAUUGGUGGCAGGUUGCCAACCAAGCAUACCAGGAGGCGAAGGAUCACAUGCAAACCUCUUUGAACUCAGAGACACAGGGUGUGAAAAGGGCGAAAUACAAGGACCAGCUGAUGGCUACAUGUAUCCUCAUACAGUACACAAUAAUGUCAGGUCAGCAACAACAUGCUCGGUGCUUCAUGAUUGAUGCAGAGCGACUUUUACGCCUUCGAGGUCUGUCCAAAACAAGGAUAUCCAAGAAGGCACGGCUCUUGCAUCACGUCUAUACCUGGCUCCGUAUAGUCGGGGAAAGCACCUUCGUUCUGCACGACUACAACCUCUCAUCCUCCUCUCUCGAGGCACUCGGCUCUCGCUUUCGGUCUCGAACCACACGGAACUCAGACGAGACAGAGGUCUCCGAGCCAAACCCUCGCCUCGACGAUUUCCUCCGCCUUGAAACACAGAAUUCAGAUAGUGACCUCAACAUUGACGAGCCGAAGGACCAAGCUUCCGCACUCUACGAUAUCCAUCUACAAGAUUCACGAAGCCACCCCGAGACUUUAUACAAGCAGAUCUAUGGGAUCCCAGAGACGUGGCUAAGCCUUGUGUCACAAACAACAAGACUAGCUAAUGUCUUGGAGACAUUUCGCAUUGCCAGGGAAGCAGAUAAGAACGUGAGCCUAGAAGCAUGGGAGACCCUCCAAAGACGCAGCAUGCGUUUGGAAAACAUGAUAUGCUCGUUUAGUCUUGGCCGCACAAGAGCCGGAGUACUCGAGCUUCAUGCCGACUCUAAGUCCCACGGGCACAUGGUUGAAGCAUUGAAUUCAGCACUGGUGAUUUUCUUCUACAAAAGGAUUCGACACACCCACCCCGCCGCUCUGCAGGGCCAUGUUGAUAGCGUGAUUGCUGCUCUCGAGGCAUGCGGCACGACAAGGACACAAGAUGAUCCAACGGGACCUGGAACGGCAUGGCCGUUGUUCAUUGCUGGAUGUGAAGCGAUUUCUGCUGCGCGGCGGGAGGCAAUCAUGGAAUUGUUGGAUAAGGCUAGCUCGACGUGUGGGUUUGCUGCUUUUGCGACUGCGAGGAAUAUUAUUUCCGAGGUGUGGAGGAGGCAGGAUGAGCAUCUUACUGCUAAUAGGGGUGAUUCGAUGCCGUCGUGGGUUGAUGCUGUGAAGCAAGGACAGACAUGGCCUUUGUUUUGUUGA